ACUUGCUGUUUUCAAUCGCGCAUUUACCACAUUUGUCCAAUAACGAUGAAAGGCCAAUAAGCAAUAGCGAAGUUGUGCGAACAUGAUCAUUUUUUGAGUUCGGAGAGAACGAAUGUUUUUCCGUACUUUCAUUUUGAAUUAAAUUUAGAUAACUUCUAAUUUAAUAAAAUUGGUUGAAAAUUAAGUAAUUAGUAAUUGUCAUGGAUGAAUUAAGUGCUGAAGAAAUCCGGCGAAGACGCUUAGCUCGUUUGGAAAUGAAUAAUCCACCUAUCUUAAAUACUUCUAGUAACACACCUAUAGCCAGUUCUCCUUCUUUUGAUUGCACUAAUGAAUCUGUGGAUGAAUCUUCAAUUUCUAUCAAUAAUGCUAAUUUAAAUGAAUCUCAAGAAUGUGAUGUGUUAGAAAACACAAGUGAUAAAGAAAAUGCCAAUAAGUUCUGUGAUAAUUUGCCAUCGAACACUACAAAAAUAGAGGAAUCAAACAAAAUUUCAGCCCAAACUGCCCAAGAGAUAUCUACGACUAUUAAUGUUUCAUCUGUAGCAAAUAUGUGCACUGAACCAAGUCUUGUGCAGAUUUGUGAAGUGUUUGAGAAAUGUGCUGAUCAAAAUAAACACCGUUCAGUAAAAAUCGAUAGCGGUAAAUUAUCUCUAAGUAGCACUAAUUCAGUAGAUGAAAAUAUGGAGGUUGAGUAUUCAGAAAAUAUGCAGAAUCAACAAAUUGUUGGCAGUUUAGAGGUUACCCAAGAAAAUCUAAGAAUUUGCAUUUCCAGAGUUCUCGAUGUUUCUUGGGCUGAUUAUUGUCCAGGAAGCAUUUAUUUAAGCAAUGUAGCUGAAACGUAUAUAGAGAACCCAAAUAUUAUUACAUCACAUAUCACAACUCAAUGCUUAAUGGAAGUAUUAAGUACUUACAUUACUGAUCCAUCUGAAACUCAAUUACCAUUGAAAAAAAAGAAGUCUGAUACUGAUACUGAUUUGGGGUCCUGUAAUUCAUCACCAAUAGCAAAUAUUGCUCAAGAAAAUAGCAAAAAUGUUAUAAAUAUUGAUAAUGAUGAUGUAUUGUGUUACAUAAUUAAUUGCUACCAUAGAGUGUUUUUAGAAGAAAGAAGAUUUCCUAAGAAAAGUUCUGUGCCACCAUUAAGUGAUGUUUUGGCAGAUAUUCGAAGCCAGCUUAUAAGUGUUAUCAUUUUAUAUUUUCAAACACCGUGCAUUCUGAAUUCACCUGGUUCUAUAUUGUUAGAUCCUUUACUAAAUUACAGCUUUCCAGAUGGAUUUUUGCAACAACUAGUGUCUGAAACGUUUUUGAAAGAUGAAUGUUUUUCUAUGAUCUUUAGUCCUUUAUUAAAAGAUUUGUAUAAGAAGAUGAAAGAAGUAUCUUUGCUUAAGGAUGAACAUAGGCCAAUAUUGGAGGGUUUAAAUUAUUUGUUGGGGCUUGGAUGGAAGUCAUACCCUAAUGUGAGACCUAUUGCCACAUUAAUAGUUCAGCAGUCAAUAUUUUUCCCAGAAAUGUACACUGAAUCUCCUGGACGGGAAAUAGCGAGAACUACAUUUUUUAGUCCAUUUCUGAAUGUUUCUAUCUUUGCUGAGGAUUCACCAGAACUAGCAGAUAAAUAUUUUGCUUCAGGUGCUCCUGAUAAAACUAUAGUUACCACAUUGCAACAAGAACUGGAAAACACUCGAACACUACUGCAUAAAAUAUUCCAUAGUGUUCUUGUUAAUACUGCUAGCCGUGAUUUGGUGUUGGAUUAUCUCGGUGCCAUAUUGAACUUCAAUGAGAAAAGAUCGCAAAUGCAAAGUAUUGAGCGACAGUUAGCGACUGAUGGGUUCAUGUUGAAUGUUCUGGUACUUCUUCAGCAAUUAUCAGUACGCAUUCAAUUAGAAAAAGUCGACUUUAUGUACAUUUUUGAUCCCAAUUGCAUAGUAGAUAUUAAUGAUACAACAAGGCUCAAAUUAACUACUAAUGAGUACUGUGAUUGGAUUGUUUCAAUAAGUAGUGACCCUGAACACAGUUGGAAAGAUGCCAAAUUUACUACAAAGUGUUGGUUUUUAACAUUGUUUGCACAUCAUGUUGGACUAAUACCAGCACAACAAAGAUAUAUGCGCAAAACUAGGGCAUUAAAAGAACUACAACGUUUAACUGAAGAUUUGGUGGCAACAGAAUCUUCAUGGACAUCUCGAUACGCUGCCAGAAACAAAAUGCUCAAGGAUAAGUGGAUGGCACAGAUAGUGAAGUUAACAAAAUCCAAGUGCAGUUUGGAGGCUGGUUUGUGGGAUCCUAUGCUAGUUCGACGUUCUUUACAGUUUUAUGGAACCGUUUGUGAAAUGUUGCUGAAAUUGGCAACUGGGAGUUCAGUCAAAUUCCAUCAAAUGCCUGUGAUUUCUCCAGAGGUGCAUACUGUAUUUGCUGCUCUGCCUGAAUGGUGCAUGGAGGAUAUUGCUGAUUUCAUUUUGAUGUCAAUGCAGUACUGUCCUCCAGUUAUUGUAGAAUUUAUGGAUGAAUCAUUAGUGAUUUGGCUCUUAGUUUCAAUUUGUAGUGCACAUUUUGUCCGAAAUCCAUAUAUCAUUGCCAAGAUGAUUGAGGUAUUAUUUGUAAUAUCUCCUGCAAUUCAGCCUCGUGCUGAACGCCUUUACAGUCAUAUAAUGUCUCAUCAGCUGUCUCAAGACUUGCUGCCGAUAUGCUUGAUGAAAUUUUAUACCGAUAUUGAAACAACUGGACAAAGUACAGAAUUUUAUGACAAGUUUUCCAUCAGAUAUCAUAUAAGCAUUAUUAUCAAAUCACUAUGGGAUAGCUCAUUACAUAGACAAGCACUAAUAAAUGAAUCUAAGUCAGGAAAGCAAUUUGUUAGGUUCGUUAAUAUGUUGAUGAAUGAUACAACUUUCUUACUAGAUGAAUGUUUAGAAUAUUUGAAACGAAUUCACGAAACACAAGAGUUGCAGGAAAACAAAACAGCUUGGGAUAAAUUAUCAAGUGAACAACAGAAUAAUAGGAUACGUGCAUUGAGUACAGAUGAAAGGCAGUGCCGAUCAUAUUUGACUUUAGCUCGUGAAACUGUUGAUAUGUUUCAUUACUUGACAGUUGAUAUCAAGGAACCCUUUCUUCGCCCGGAGUUGGUUGAUCGUUUGAGUUCCAUGUUGAAUUUUAAUUUACAGCAAUUGUGUGGACCUAAAUGCAAGAAUUUGAAGGUGAAAAAUCCAGCAAAGUAUGGUUGGGAUCCGAGAAAGUUACUGAGUCAAUUGAUCGAUAUUUAUUUGCAUCUCGACUGCAAAGAAUUUGCUACAGCUUUAGCAGCCGAUGAGCGGUCGUUUAGCAAGUCAUUAUUUGCUGAUGCAGCAGCUAGAAUGGAAAGAUGUUGUAUUAAACCACCUCUGGAAGUUGAAAAAUUCCGAGCAUUAGCCAACACUGCAUAUAGUAUAUCAUUGGCCAAUCAAGAACGCGAGGACCAAUUUGCUGAUGCUCCAGAAGAAUAUAGAGAUCCUUUAAUGGAUACUCUAAUGACUGAUCCUGUAAUUUUACCUUCGGGAACAAUAAUGGAUCGGCCCAUCAUAAUUAGGCACCUUCUUAAUAGUAAUACGGACCCUUUUAAUAGACAACCUCUGACUGAAGACAUGCUUUUACCAGCAUUAGAACUUAAGGAACGGAUUGCCACAUGGAAACGAAACAAGAGGCAGAAAUCACAUGAUCCCUCAAGAGAUGACUAGUAUUUAAACAUAGAUAGUAAAUUAUUAUUUUUUUUUACAAAUGUCUGAUAAUCAAAUAUAAUUGACUGUUACCUGAAAGAGUUAAUAGUAAUUGAAUUCAUUUUUCAAGCUCAAUAAAUAAUCAUUAUCAGUUUUGUGAAAACUUUUCAUGUUCUUCACUACUAACAGCUUGAAAGACAAAAAAAG